AGGGCGGAGCCUCCGCGCUCACUGGACCUCGACACCCCGGUUCCCAGACCGGUUUGGGGAAGUGCAAGUCCGGGGGCAGAGACUCAUGAUCGGCUCCCCGCGAUCUCCGCACUCUGAUUGCCCCAGCGUCCAUGGCGGCCCUGAGCCCGCUGCUGCUGGCCGCGCUGCUGUGGGUCCCGGCAGGGGCCCUGAGCUGCAUCGGGGACUCGGGACACCCCGUGGACUGGUUCGUCGUGUACAAGCUCCCGGCCCACAGCGGAUCCGGGCCGGCCACGCAGAAGGGCCUGCAGUACAAAUACUUGGACGCCGACUCGGGGGGCUGGCAGGAUGGCGUGGGCUCCAUCAACAGCUCGCAGGGCGCCGUGGGUCGCAGCCUGUUGCCUCUCUACCGAAACAACGCCAGCCAGCUGGCUUUCCUCCUCUACAAUGACCAGCCUCCGAAAUCCAGAGAGGAUGAGACCACUUCCAGCCACGGGCACACGAAGGGGGUAGUUCUCCUAGAUCAAGGCGGGGGCCUCUGGCUGGUCCACAGCGUGCCCCGUUUCCCCCCUCAUGCUUCCUCUGGAGCCUACAGCUGGCCUCCCAAUGCCAUGACCUACGGGCAGACACUGCUCUGCGUGUCCUUUCCCCUUGACCAGUUUGUGGAGAUCGGCAAACAGCUGACCUAUACGUACCCUCUGGUGUAUGACCAGCGGCUAGAAGGCCCCUUCGCCCAGAAAUUCUCGGACCUGGAACAGGCCAUUAAAGGCCACCAUGUCCGUCAGGGACCCUGGAACAACACGGUGACCCUCACAUCCCAAGCUGGGGCCACCUUCCAGAGUUUUGCCAAGUUUGGAAUGUUCGGAGAUGACUUGUACUCAGGCUGGCUGGCAGAGGCCCUGGAUAGCACCUUGCAGGUCCAGUUCUGGCCCAACUCCCGUGGCAAGCUGUCUUCCAACUGCUCGGGACCACACCAUGUGCUGGACGUGACCCAGACCGCCUUCCCCGGACCCGCUGGGCCCAGUUUUCGCUCCACCGAGGACCACUCCAAGUGGUGUGUGGCCCCCGACGGACCCUGGGCCUGUGUGGGUGACAUGAACCGGAAUAUCCCAGAACAGCAUCGGGGUGGGGGCAUCCUGUGUGCCCAGCUGCCCGCCCUCUGGAAGGCCUUCCAGCCGCUGGUGAAGGACUACGAGCGAUGUUCUCACAGGACCCGGAUGGAGUGAGUGCCAGAUAGCUACACCUUUGCAUCAACCAGGACUCAGUCUGCCCGUCUGUGAAAUGAGAAUCCCUGUGGAUGUAACUCCUCCCCCAACUUCCUCCUAUCUCCCCUGGAGAGGGAGACCCUCACCUAAGUGGGAGGGGUCUGUGGUUGCUACUAAAGGGGUUUCCUCAGGGGUGUAAAGGGGAUUUGAGGGAGAUUCAGCGAGAAAUAGCAGGAGGGCUAGCAGCAUGGAGAAAUAUCAGGGACAGGUUUAAGUUCAGGGCAGCUAAUGGAGCCUGCUUAAAAGGUUAGCAGAGAAGCCAUAUAUGUGCCUAUUAUUAAUAAAGCUUCAUAUCUCCUGAAACUUCA